UCUGGCAACACGGCAUCCAUGUUCACUUCCGUCGCGUAAUGACGUAGGAACUAAAGGCUGUCCGAAAUCCGAGCCGAGACGCCUUUCCUCUCCAGUCCCGCGGUAGACUUCAUAAAAGGUGAAGGCUCAGGAGCCAGGAACAGGAGCUAGGAGCUAGGAGCUAUAAUUAGAACAUUUCGGACGGAGCGCAACUCACGGAAAUCAACGACAAUGUCCGGAGAGAAGCGAGUGCGCACUUUCACAGACGAAGACACCCUUCGGUUCAUCCACACCCGCACCCGUCUGGACUUCCUGUUUACGGGGAAGAGAAACAAGGUGCAAGGAGCAUGGCAGUUAUCCGGGAGAUCGGGAUGGAAGGUAUCAUCACCCCCACACAGGCUGCCAAAAAAUGGGACAACCUCAAAUCCAAGUACAAGGAGUCGAGGAAUUUCCCGACGGGGUCAUCUGCAGAGGAGGGGGCAGGAGCAUCGUGGCCUUGGUUUGAUGCCAUGGAGGAAGCCAUUGGAAAGCUGCCAGUUUCUCAGCCAGUUUCCCAACCUCUGCUCAUUGCUUCAUGUGUGCUCCCAAAGCAGGUCCGUGCAUCUACCUCAUCCACUAUACCUGCUCCGUCCACUAUACCUGCUCCGCCCACCAUACCUGCUCCGUCCACCAGCCCGGCACCCCCCACCAGCCCUGCACCCCCCACCAGCCCGCCGCCGCCCACCAACAAUGACCCUUCUGCACCGGCACGAACAAGAAAGCGCUGUGGGGAGUCCCUCGCAGACAUAAUUAGACAACAGUGUGAAAAGGACAAUGCAUACACGCAAAAAAUAAUAGAGCAAAAUGACAGAAUAAUCAAGCUACUGGAGGACAUUCAGAAACAAAAUAAAUGAACACGCAUUUCAGCAA